AUGUCAAUUAACGUCCCAUUUCAGUUUGACCUUAUGGUUUUCCCCAAAAUGCAUCAAAACCUCCUAAAUCUCUACUCAAAGCCUCCAGAAAACAAAGAAAAUGACUCUUCCUCCUCCGAAGCCCAACAAAUCCUGCAUCUUCCUACCAUAAAUGGCAAAUAUCUUCUAUUUACUCCUUUCACCGGUCCUCGUAAGCGUUUUACCGCUACAACUCCUGGCUACUACUACAAAUGUAUGGGAGACGUUUCUCUUAUUCGCAGAACCUGCGAAGAAAACGGCCUCAGAGAGCACAAAUCUGAAUGAAGAAUCCUCUGAGGUAACAAAAAUAUGCGCAGCAAUGUAUAUACAGGCUUAGCCAGGUGGCAGAAAAUCAAUCAUUUUCCUCGGAGCUUUGAAAUUACCAAAAAAGACUGCUUAUUUAAAAAUAUCGCAAAAAUGCAGGCUCUGCAUGGAAUUGACCAGUUUGGGUUUAUCCCUGAAACCUAUGUGCUGCCUAAUGAAACUUAUGCGUUGGAGCAGCAGAUGCUGGAGGACCCUGGGGUUAUGUGGAUUAUAAAGCCGUCAGCUAAAUCACAAGGGAAAGGAAUUUAUUUGACGAAUAAGCCAGCUGAGCUACCUUCUGGACAAAGUUAUGUGGCUUGCCGGUAUAUUGAUAAUCCUUUAUUAUUCUAUUACAAUAUAAUUGAAAUCAUAUUUUAUUAUUAAAAAAGGCCUGAAAUAAUAAGCCUAAAUAAGGAUAAUCAAUGAGCUGAAAUUUGAUUUAAGAAUUUACGUCGCCGUCACAAGUCUCGACCCUUUGCGAAUAUACAUAUACAAAGAAGGGCUCGUCAGGUUUGCUACUGAAAAAUACAGAAGAGGCCAAAUAGAUAACCGAUUUGUCCACCUAACUAAUUAUUCAGUCAAUAAAUUUUCCCCGAACUUUGUAAGUGUAGACCAAGAUGGACAAGGUCACAAAUGAACCCUUACGGCUCUAAGGGAAUAUUUUAAAUCCCAUAACCAAGAUUUCAGCUUAAUCUGAAGCAAAAUCAAAGAUAUUGUGGUAAAAACCAUAAUUUCUAACGAAUCAAAAAACUAUGCAAGCAUGAAAAUGUUUGUCCCGUAUCGGCAAAACUGUUUUGAGCUGCUUGGUUUUGAUAUUUUAAUUGACGAUUCUUAUACACCCUGGCUAUUAGAAGUCAACCUUUCUCCCUCUCUUAAUACAGACUCUCCUUUAGAUUUGCGAAUUAAAGGAAAGCUUAUAGCAGAUCUUUUUAAUUUACUCCCCCCACAAAAUAUUGGUAAAAUUCUAUUUUUGGGCACUUUAACCCCCCUUUAAAUUGGAGCAAAUUUUUUUAAUGGGAAACUUUUAUAGGUGAAAAAAACGAAUUUUUAUAAAAUAGGCUUUGACCUAAAUUUUAUUAAAAAAUACAGUAGAUCAUUAUUUAAACAGUCUUCACACUGAGCCAUUUAAUUUUUAAUUAAUUAUCAUAAAUUCAAUAUAUCGCGUUCAGUUUAUAUUUUUUUUUAUUUUUUAAAAAAUAGUUACCCCUCCACAAAAAUAAUGCUCCAAUUUAAAGUGGAGACUUAGUAGGAAUCCCAGCGAAGCAAAAAAACGCAAAAAAAAGUAAGCCAGUAAGGAAGCCUGCCUGGAAUUCUUCAACAAUUUCAGCGAAUACUCAAUUUGAGCUGUCUCAAGAAGAAAUUUAUGUAUUAAAAGAAACUAAUAAUGAGCUAUACUGAUUUUAAAUAAAUAUAGCUAUAUAUAAAAAAAUUAAUAAUAAAAAUGCAGAAAAUAGUAUACAAAGAUUAGGGGAUUUUGAAAGGAUUUUUCCUAGCGAAUUAUCAUUUGUUUAUAUGCCUUAUUUUGAAGAAGAAAGGACCAUGAAUCUUCUGGUCUGUGGAGAACUCGAUAAAGCAAAAAGACAGCCUACAAGAAGUGCUGAAAAAGCAUUUUUGGGAAACGUUUACCGACAAAGGUUAAAACCAUUGACAAGAGAAAGAAAAAACAAGCCGAAUUCAGCUGCAUAUUUAAAUCAAGCUGAAAGAUACUUGCGGCAACAAGUUUUUAGGCCGAGUAUGCUAAAUCCUAUAUAA